AAAUCUGGGGGCUGAAUAUUCAUUGGAUAACUAAGGUACCCUUACUCUCUUGUGUGUUCCUUUUGCAGGAAAUUAUCGCAGUGCAAUCAAUGAUGCAACAGUAGCAAGAAAGUUACAACCAACAUACAUGAAAGCAAUUUUAAGGGGUAAGUAAAAAAAGUGCAAACCAUUCUAUUGAAAUACUCUCUUUGUUUAGCAACCAGAGGUAAAAACAAUUAACUGAUAAUACACAGUAAUUGACUGUGAAUCUGAUGCUGAAAGAUCUGUCACUUCAACCAAUAGUUUUUAUUCAGAGCAAAGUUUACAUGAUUAGGGUUCAUUUUAUAGAUCCAGUUCAGGAAUAGGAAACAUUAAGGAUUGUGAGAAUUUGACUGAGGUUGGGGUAGACAAUCAUUUCGUAAUUUUUGUUCAUGAGAAAUGUUAAUGAUUAUUAGAUGAUAGUAUUUUUAUGCUAUUUUGUAGGUGCAAGUGCUUGUGUAGAAGUUCAAAGAUAUGAUGAAGCAUUAAAGUGGUGUGAUGACGGACUAGCUGUAUCCUCGCAUUCAUAAAACUUAUCUUACAAACUGUAAAUUUUUUAAAACAGCACAUCCAGCUAGGUACUCAUAAAAAUCCCAGUGCAAAUUCAUUACAGGGAGAGGUGGGUCUCUGAAGCUAAAUUGCUGUUGGUGAUGCCCUUGGAGUACUACACUGUUACACCCUCCCCCUCUGUAGACAUAAAUACAACCCCACCCACCUUGGUUCAAUACCUUUGUGGCUUCAUACCUUUCUUGCAGUUCUUGUUUCUACUUUCGUUGGCACAGUAUUUUGGAAUCUCACUUACUUCUAUAAAAAGGCAUUGGGCCUAAUAAGCCAAAGUAUGUUAACCAUGCCUUUAGCAAACUUCAUCCCUCCCCCUCUCCCCACAGUUUCACUUGCCAAUCUCUAUGUACACAUGUAUACAUCUCCCAGGUAAGUUCUUCUGUAGCUUGCCUUGUGAGAUGUACCUGUUACUUUCAUAAUAAGAGUGUAUUAACAGAAAUCAGGUUAUUUUAGGAAUAACCUAAGUUUUUUACCAUCACUAGAUGUUUCUUUAACUGAAAACAGAUUGAACCUGAAAACAAAAAGCUUUUAGAUUUACGAAACAAAUCAGUUACUGAGCAGAAGAGGGUCCAAAGAGAUCAACGAAAAGCAAUGAUGAAAGAAAAGAAAGAGAAGUCUAAAGUCGAGGCAUUGUUAUCAGCAGUCAAGGUACAAAUUAAUGCAUUGCCAAUUGCAAGCUAUAUCAGUAGCAACCGUUGCCUGGUUACAGCUCAGUCAGAUAAGUGUCGGUCUGCUAAGUGGGAGGCUGCCGAUUCAAACCCCAGCCUGACCAACACCCAGGGUCUUUAAAUAACUGAGGAGAAAGUGCUGCCUUUGUAAUGACAUCUACAACAAGCGGUUAGACUUUCUAGUCUUCUCGGAUAAGCGCAAUAAAACCGCAGGCACCGUCUCACAAGCCUUGCGCUUAUAAAAUCUGUGGGACAUUAAAGAACCCAUACACUGUUUGUAAAGGGAAGGGGACAUUUUUGGUACUUUUUUCCACUUUCUUAUCGUAUUAACAACGACAACAACAACAACAACAGAAAUUUAUUCAUUAACAAAAAGAUAAAGGUUUACAAUAUUGGAUGUUCCGGAAAUAACUAUUAAGCUAAUCUAGGUAGGACAAGACAAGAGCCUUUAAACACUUAAUACAAAAAUAAACGGGAUUUUAAGUUAGCAUGUAAGGGGCGCCUAAAAGCAUGUCCGACUUCAUGCCUCGCCUCAGACUGCGAUUUACAUCAGGGGGCAUCUUUACUCAGUCAUUACUUCAUUACUUAUAAACUGCACCAUAUACAGUCUGGCGAAAAGUUCCCCAACCAGCGUUUAAUCGAGUAAACACGGUAUAAGUUUUUUUUUUGGUUUUCUUAGGAUCGAGGAGUCCAUCUGGAACACCAGGACGAUCUUACCAGGUCUAUAUCUGAUGGUGGUUUGGAUGUUAAGGUUCAUCUGGAUACGGACGGAGUUCUUCACUGGCCUGUGUUGUUUGUUUACCCGGAAUUUAAUCAAACAGACUUAAUAUCUUCAUUUAACGAGAACGACAGGUAACUUGUCGUUAAGUCGUUAGAAAAGCCAAGCUUAAUUUUCUUAGCUCAAAACAGAAAAUUGCAAUCUUGCUGAACAGCUGUUGUUCAUAUCUGUAACAGUUUAAGUGAAAGUAGACUAUGAUUUUUUAUUUCUUCAAUGACAAGAGAAGAUAAGGGAGGUAAUACAUCAAAGACGAGGAAAACUGUUUCAUACGAUAUCCAAACAACGAGAGGUGAUAUAUCAAAACAUGAGAAGGAGUCUUUCAUCUGAUAUCCAAACAUCGACAAUAUAUAUAUAUGUAUCAGUCACGAGGAGUGUUUUAUCUGAAAUCCAAACGCCGAGAAGUAACAUAUCAAACACGAGAAAAAGUGUUUCAUGGGACAUGCAAAGACCGAAAGGUCAUGUAUGAAACACGAGAUGGUGUGUUUUAUUUGAUACCAAAUAAGGAGGCGUCAUAUAUCAGGAAGAAGGAGAACGAGAAGGAGUUUUUAUCUUAUAUUAAAAAAACUGGAAGAGAGCGAUGCGUAACCAGUUCUUUACACCUAUUUCGGGGUGACAAGAUAUCAGAUGAACGAUUCUUUGCAGUGUACUAUAUCUCGUCUUAAUUUAAGGCCGAAGUUGGAAUAAUAUUUCUGGUCAUUAGGCUCACUUUUCCAAACCUUAAUCUAAGUGGUGAUUUCUUUGUUUUGUCCUGCCAGUCUGAGAAAUUUCUUUUACUGUUGCAUUUAGGAUCUCAGACCACUUACAUACCAUGUUUGAAGUUGAAUCUCCUCCUUGGGAUGUAGAAAAGAAAUACAAGCCAGAAAGUCUGGAAGUUUAUUUCGAAGACGCUUCUAGUGAAAAGCUGUGUUUGGUGAAGAAUAAUAAAUGUCUUAAAGAUGUUCUCUCGGACUCAAGGUAUCUUGGAUAAAGUAGUUUUUACUUUAAAUAAAAAUUAUAUAUAGAGGUCUCUUGCAUGUUCUGUUUACAAUCCAACCUCUAAUAACAACUGAUUUGUUGACUGAGAUGCUCCACAGUUACAUGUGUUUCCUGUAAUUUACAAAUGCUACACGAAGGUGAUUCGAUAGCUAUACAGCGUUUUCAAUCACGUGGCCAGCAUCUAUGCAGAUUUUUUGGAGCAAAAGAAAGCGUUUACAAAGGAAAGAGUUCAACUCCCACAGGAUUGGUUUGGAAGACCAACGUGGACGCAAUUUCAUUGUAAAAACGCUCUGUAUAGUUGUGCCUGUAAGGUGUGAAACAUGUCAUAUAUAUGUAUAAAUCGACAACUUUUCUUAAUUCCGUAAAGAAAAACCUAAAAGUACUAUCUUGUGGCAAAAAUGUUUUAUUUUACUUUUUUCUGUGUCCAGGUUCCUGGUGAGGGAACGAACACCCUCAUUCAUCAUCCUAAGCAAGGACUCUCCUUUCAGAACAACGUAUCUACAGCGCUAUCAAGUUGAACGAUGACAUCUUUGGUUAACUACCGUCAAAUAUCCGCUACUUCUUCGGGUCCUAUUUGCUCCACCGCACUUUCCAUACAUUUUAAAAGGAACAGCAACCAAAUCGGAGUAAAUAACUGUUUCAGUACGUACUAAUAGCUCCUGCAACAGAACGUUCCAGUAACUUGCCUUUAAACAACAUUACCAGUAACUGUAUGAUCUGCAUCAUCACCUAUUCCCUGUAGCCGUUUUGCCCUUUGGCAGGACUGUAGCCCUCUACCUUAACCAAACAGUGUUAUGAUCUGAAGUAUCCAGUGGGAAGUGUAAACACACGCUAACAUCGUUGUCCGAACCCACGCGGCAAUUUUGAAAUAGCUCUUUGUGCAACAAAAAGCUUCAUAUACCGGCGUUGUCCGAACCCACGUGGCAAUUUUGAAAUAGCUCUUUGUGCAACAAAAAGCUGCAUAUACCGGCUCCUUAAUAUGAUCCCUAGACUAUUGAGGUCCUUCUUUACUCUUCUUUAUGAAGUAACCUGGAACUCCGUUCAUGGGAUAGAACCGGAUUAAACGAGCUUCCUUUAGUGUUUGACUUCUAUAAAUGCCCUCAGGCUGAAUUUGCCUGGCUUUGCAGAUGAACAAAUUUCAGGGAAACGUUAGGGGUAGCAAUGGCUGAAUAGUUGUUAGAGCAAUCGCCGCACAUCGAAGCGGCCUAGGUCCAAGUCCUGGCUUCGACGCCAUAUGCAGAUGGCAUUUGUUAUGGGCUUUCUUCUUUGCUCCGAGAGGUUUCCUCGGGUAUUCCGGUUUUCAGAAACCUUACAUAAUACGAGAGAUACCAUAUGAUGGACUAGCAUUCAGUAUCCAUGGUUGCUUUAUGAAACAGGAACCUAAUAAAAUGGUAAUUCUUCGAUUGUUAGAUCCCAUCAAAGGGCGAGGGAUUGGUAAUGCAGCUAAGUAAUUCAUGUCAUAGGAACCGGAAUAACUUCCGGCGGUAUGGGUGCCCAAUGUCAAAUCGACCAAACAGUUUUUGGCGGAAGAAAUUCAAUCUAAAUAAUGUACCCUUUUUCUAACCAACUCCAUCGUCAAAUAUUUUUUCGAACGUUUGUUAAAAUUAUUUUUCCUAAGACAACCGCUGCCCGGUUAGCUCAAUUGGUUAAGCGCCGGUCUGCCGAGCGAGAGGUCGCGUAUUCGAACCCCAGCCGGAGCAACACCCAGGGUCUUCAGAAUAAGGUGCUGUCUUUGCUGUGACAUUUACAAAUGGUUAGACAUUCUAGUCUUCUCGGAUAAGAACGAAAAACCAUAGGCCCCGUCUCACAGCUCUUUCUUUGUUCUGAUUCUUGUGGAACUUAACAGAACCCACCCUGCUGUGUGUAAAGAGUAGGGGGCGUAGACCCCGGUGGUGUGGUACAACCUUUCAUGGGCUGGGUGGGUAAUGAUGGGGCUGAUAUCAAUUGGGACGUUAGUCCUGUUUCAUCCCCUGUCACCGAGUUGAGUCACCGUGACGAAUUCAACAAAGCAAAGCUCGAAGCAGUAAGUCUAACGUUUGCAAGUUGCAGACUUUGUCCGCUCCUACAGUUAUACAAAUGAGAAACGAAGAAAUUAAUCGACAAAACUGACAAAAACUUUCAUAUUUUCUCAAUAUUUGCACUCUUGCAAAUGUAUCGCGUCCUGAAAAAUCUUGAAUCAGCAACAGCUUCUUCUCCCUUCUUCUCACAGUCGAACCUCCACUAACGGCUGCCUCAUGACAACCGCCACAUUUAUACAACGGCCACCUCUCUACAAUGGCCACUUUCUGCUGUCCUCCUAGGAGGCCGUUGUGAAAAGGUUCAACUGUACUAGUGCUACCAUGACGACCACAAAAAACAGAUAACAACAGAAAAUUUAUUUUUGUCUCAUAUGCUUUAUUUUCUGCUGACUCUGCGAUCGCAGUUUACCAGAAACUCUUUUAGUUUCUUAAGUUAGCCGGGUUUCUUACUAUUUAUCUUGGCUAUUGCGUUUAUCUCUGAUCGAAAUCCAGAAUCUCUUACCAAAAAUAUCCGGAAGCAUGAAUUGGCCACAUUACCACAGCUACAAGAUAUACAGAUAACGGCAAGAUAAAUAUAGUUUUCCAAGAAUAACUGAUGUUUCUUUACCUUCCUUCUAUUCAGAAAGCUUUUCAGUUUCAUACUCUGUUUUUUGGUCAAAACUCCUUCAACACGGCCCGAAAAAGAACACAUUUAUUGCUUUACAAGUCCAACUUAGCAAUGUUUUUCAUAUAUUCAUUUGUAUUUUUUGUAGUGUACGUUUCAAAUUAUAGUAUCAGAUUUUUGUAAAAAAAAUGUUGAAGGCUAUUAUAAAAGCAUCUAUAAGUAUUUUUUUGUGAUGAAUAACGAAGCGACUCACCGGUGUGACGAACUCCGUGUGAUAUGUUACUAUGACAACCAUAGAAGUGAACAACACCCAAGGAAGACAUUUUUGGAACAUACGUCAGGACUUGACUUUUCACUGGCCUAUUUUUGUGAUAGCGAUUUGCAAAAUCUCUUGGUGCUUAUUAUUUCAACUUUUUAAUGCCAAGUUUCACUACAUUCUUCUUAAGAUAUACUUCCCCAGAGAGAAGUAACAAUAUAAAUCGGAUGUAUUACCACAACUACAGCCUAAACAGAUAAUAACAAAUACUUAAUAUGCGUCAGUAGAUAGGUCAGGGUCAUCCACGAUGCAAUGGGCGUUUUCAUUUACGUAACAAGCUAUGUUUCUAUGAAAACUAGAAAACAAACAAGAAAGGAUAAUCGCAUGUUGAUCUCCAUAAAAGCGCCAUGCUGUUUUUGGAUGAUGGGCGUGGAAUCAUUUCAGUUGCUUCUCUUACGUUAAAUGCAACGAACAAACAAACUCUGUGACGCGCUGUAUGUUUUUCCUUGCGUAUAGAAACGAAAACUAAGGGUAUAAAUUCUUUCCACUGUACUUAGAAAGUAGUUUCCACUCUGGAUUGUCAGAAGCAAAUGGCAUUCGUACCGUACGUUCCAAGCGUUCACUACAUUCCAACUGGUUCAAAUAGUUCCUGCAGGAAUAUUAUUUCAUCAACCAGUUCAACUUAUGUAUAUUCCAGACCCUUGUCAGCUUCACAUCUUGAAAAUGUCACUUCGUGUCCUGAACAGCAGCCAAUGAACCUCUCCGAUGGCGUUAACCCAGGUUUGUUGUUAAUCACCUUAAAACUUGGCGCAGUAUCGCCGAAUAUCGAGGAAAGUUUCAUAAAAAUUAUUCCCGCACCACUAAAAGCAGAAAAUUGUAGCCCUAUUUCUAUUCUUUAUUAGUCUUCGUAAUUUCUAAUAGAAUAUUACUUAAUUAAAUUAGUAAUCACUCACGGAACGUUCAUUUUUCAUUCAGGCAUAAAGCAAGUGGGAAGAUAAAAAAAAUAGUAAAAACGAGUAAAUCAAACUGAAAAACCUUUUUCGUUGGUUGAGCAUCGUCGUGAUCAGGAAAACUUUCAUCACUGACGAUCGAUUUGUGUUCUAUGAAUAAAACCUUGAUUUCCAAAAUGAUAGCCCACUUUUAACCAUCAGUAUGUUUCUCGAAAAUCAGCCGUUUUAGCUACAGGAUACAAAUCUUUCGAGAGAGCCGGCACGCCUACCACGCGCUUUUUACACUGAAACUGGUUUCAAAGUCAGACAGGAGCGACUCUAAAUUUUUUUCUUUUUCACCGGUCGGGUUGAGCAGAAUAAAUACCAGUUUUUUGGCCACAAACUACCGGCCCGAGAAAAAUAUAAUAAGUACAAUUUCUUGACUAAUUGAUAAUAGUAAUAAACCCCUGAAUACCCAAAUCAAGUUCUGUUUUCCUUGAUAUAACGAUCUUUCUUUAAAGUUUUAAUGAGCCAAUUUGAUUCGUUUUUCGGCCUUCAUUUCUGGAAACGUCUCACUGCAAACUUAAUUCUGAAGUUUUCCGUUCAAAUUCAACCGUUCAGUAACUUGACAGAAAAAUUUUGGGCUUACAAGAUCGCCUGGUGCGGACUCCUUAACAAUAUGUUUAUAGGUUAGGAGAGAAAAAUUUCAGUCCAGGUAAAAAAAAUUAAGGUGUGAUAUCUGACUAACUUAGUCAGAUAUCACGCCUUAAUUUUUUUUACCUGAACUGAAAUUUAGGAAAAGUUCAGAAUCGCUUUAAAACAGUGAUGACCGGCUGAAAGGAGGUGAUCCCCUGCAAAAAAUAUCACAUAUUAAGUAAAACAGACCUUGUUAAUUCAAAACUGGUGAUAAGCUGCUUAUCACCAGUUUUGACUGACCUGGUUAGGGUUAGGGUUAAGGUUAAGGUUAGGGUUAGGGUUAGCUAUUUUUCAUUUUGAUAUUACAGAAUGCCUAAUUAACUCUCAGUGCAAACCACAUUUUAUUCACAGCCGUGCAGCCUCAAGAUCAACAAACAAAAGUAGGGCACCACAAAAGAACUCAUUUUACUGUUUUGCAGCGACGUGAGUUGGAGAAGAUAUUUAGCGAGUCUCAGUACCUCACACCUCAGAAACGCGAGUCAAUCUCCCAACAGCUGGGAAUUACUGAGGAAGUAAUUCAGGUAGAUUAAGCUAAUAUAUAGAUUUAGCCAGGCCAAAAUCUUUUAAGAAAUUUAAAAAAAACUCGUCACAAUGAGUUAUACACGUGAGCCCAUGAUACAAUCAUGUGACACUGGUCAGCAGGUACCCUAUUUUGACAGCUGUCUUUUAAUCAUAAUGUUUAUGUCCAAUGUCAAGUUAAACACAGGUGGUGUGUAAGGCCUUAUUGGACUCCAAGCUAGUGGUGUGACAUUUUAUCUCCUCUAACAUAUGUAUGGGCGGACGUACGGACGGGCGAUUUUUUCACAACCAAAAUUUCUUGGAUGCUUAGGUAAUCAAAUUUUAUUACCCAUGGUAAAAAUCCAACCCCGUUAAUACGGACACCGAAGGGGCCAUAGACAGUUUCCUUAUGAACGGGGUGUUCAUAUUAAGCGGGUAAUGUUAUUAAAGUAAAAAAUACACCUUUUAUUGAGAUCAAAAUACUACAAAAAUAAGAAUGAACACUAGCAUCGUCAAAUAAACAUCUCUAAACUUCACCAAGCCGCUACUCCGCGGACUAUUCCAUGAAAACACUCAAAAGUCUCGACAAAAUCGCUUAUUGUACGUUACGUAAUCAAAAACCGUUAUCUGCAUAACUCCUAUGAUGUCAAAAUAGUCAUUCCAUUUGGUGUACUAUAGCGCUGGGAACAUCGACAUUAUAUGUCAACUGAAGAUUUUUUUACCUUCAAAAGAGAAAGUUUUUUACAACACACAGUGGACAAUAAAGUGUCUGCAUUAGCGCUGAGGUUGACUUUAUAUGAGAAUCUGUUCAUUGGGCAAGAAAAAGGUGUCCGUUGUCCACUGAGGUGUCCGCGUAUUAAGCGAGUUGAAUUAGAGAAAGUGUAAAGGCUUUCCCCAUGGACAAAGAAACUCGUCCGUAUAAUGACAAGGUGCAUGUCCGAUCCGUACUCAGCGGCCGUGUCAGUAAAGCAGGAUUCGACUGUAGUUCGUUGUUAUACGACACUUAUCAGAUUUGUCCUGAAAGAAAUUUUUUUCUUUACAGACCUGGUUUAAAAACAGACGAGUGAAAUGGCGCAAAGACCAGCGAAAGCGGCAGUCUGUUGUAGUAUCUACUCCCCCCUCACUGUCAACUGGCCUUUAUUUCCACUACUUUGGUCACGUGCCAUAUCCAAGCAGUAAAUUGAUGCUUAAGGAUGCCCGGAUGUUGUAUGGUUCAGCUGCGUCUCCUCAGGAUUAA